GCAGCAAAGGUUUCGUCCUCCAGCUAACGGCCACAGCCAUGGCGUCAACUGAGAUAGCAAGGCAAGCGGGUGAAGGGGCUCGUGCUGUCCCUCUGGCAGGCCAUGUCGGCUUUGACAGCAUGCCUGACCAGCUGGUCAACAAGUCUGUCAACCACGGAUUCUGCUUUAACAUCCUCUGUGUUGGUGAGACGGGUCUGGGGAAGUCCACUCUGAUGGACACGUUGUUCAACACCAAGUUUGAGGGGGAGCCCACCCAGCACAACCAACCGGGAGUCACACUCAAGUCCAACACCUAUGAACUCCAGGAGAGUAACGUGCGCCUCAAACUCACUGUUGUUAACACCGUGGGCUUCGGAGACCAGAUCAAUAAAGAAGACAGCUACAAGUCCAUUGUGGAGUUUAUUGAUGCCCAGUUUGAAGCAUAUCUACAGGAGGAACUGAAAAUCAAGCGCACGCUACACAGCUACCAUGACACCCGCAUCCACGCAUGCCUAUACUUCAUCGCUCCCACAGGACACUCGCUCAAAUCCCUGGACUUGGUGACCAUGAAAAAACUUGAUAGCAAGGUCAAUAUAAUCCCAAUCAUUGCCAAGUCAGAUGCCAUCUCCAAGAGCGAGCUGGCCAAGUUCAAAAUCAAAAUCACCAGUGAGCUGGUCAGCAAUGGAGUGCAGAUCUACCAGUUCCCCACUGAUGACGAGUCUGUGGCAGAGAUCAACUCCACCAUGAACAGCCAUUUGCCGUUCGCUGUGGUGGGGAGCACAGAGGAAGUGAAGAUUGGGAACAAGAUGGUGAAGGCCCGGCAGUACCCCUGGGGGACCGUGCAGGUGGAAAAUGAGAAUCACUGUGACUUCGUCAAACUGCGAGAAAUGCUGAUCAGGGUGAACAUGGAGGACCUGCGAGAGCAGACUCACACACGCCAUUAUGAGCUCUACCGGCGCUGCAAACUGGAGGAGAUGGGCUUUAAGGACACAGACCCUGACAGCAAGCCCUUCAGUCUGCAGGAGACGUAUGAAGCUAAGAGGAACGAGUUCAUGGGUGAGCUGCAGAAGAAAGAAGAAGAAAUGAGGCAAAUGUUUGUCCAAAGAGUCAAAGAGAAGGAGGCGGAGCUUAAAGAAGCAGAAAAAGAGCUGCAUGAGAAGUUUGACCGUCUGAAGAAGCUCCACCAGGACGAGAAAAAGAAACUGGAGGAGAAGAAGAAGUCCCUGGACGACGAGCUUAACACGUUCAAACAGAAAAAGACUGCGGCAGAGCUCUUGCAGAACCAAGCUCAACAGGCAGGGGGCUCCACCACACUCAAGAGGGACAAAGAGAGGAAAAAUAAUCCCUGGCUCUGCACUGAGUAGGUCCUCAACCCUCAAGCUUUGCUAAGGGACCGGCCAUUGUGGGUACUGAGUACCUCAAAUGUGACCAGAGACUUUGUGGACACCAUCCACCAGGGUUUCUUAAUCAUUACCUGCUCAGUAAUAUGGGUUAAUGUGUAUUCAUUGUUUCACUGCUGCUCUAACCUCACCUUGAGCAAUCUAAUUCUUGCUUUAUUGCCUCUGCUUAUGCUUAUGUGUGUAUUGUUUUGUGCUGUGACUAACAUCCUUUUCCAGUUGUGAUGGAGAUUUACAUGCACACUUGUUCUUUUGUUGUAAUAAUUGAAUGGCACAUUUACUUUUAGAUGAACCACGGACAAGUAGACAGUCAUAGACUCAAAGCAUAUCCUACCAGAUUUAUUCACUCUUAUAAAAAUUCACACAGCAUUGUCAGUGGGCACAAUAUCUUCUCAUUAUUAAUGCUUGAUGUAUUGUUUGAAUGACUGUAGAACCAUAGGGAUUUUACUACUUGUUUUUGUAUUUAUGAUCAAUUUUCUCUCUGAUAUCAGAUGCACUUCUAAUUCUUUGACUCUGGCCCUUAAGUUUUUAUGAGCGUUUCUGCUUUGCCAACUCCUCUAACUGCUGGCUUUCUUUCUCUUUGUCUCUUCAGCUUCUUUUAAUCUGUCUUGACCACCUGAAGAGGGGAUUGCAACUUCAGCAAGAACUAAGCACCCUUUACCUCUUCCUGUUUUUCUCGCUGUAUGAACCUUUUAUAUCCCCCCCGCCCCCAUCGCAUCUCCUUUUGUUGAAUAUGGCCUUAUGUGGACUCGCAUGGUAUUUCUGACCACCUAAUGAAGCUCUAAACCAGUUUGGCAGGUUGGGAACCGGGCACAGUUUAGAUCUGCUAUUAUGUCUUAAUGUAUAUAAAGCGACUCUUGUAGUUCAUAGAAGUCAUCAGUGGGGGUUUACACAUUUCCAGGACUCAUAGGUUGACAUCGUUAUUUGAUCUCUACUUGAAAUGAAAUUGCAAUGAUCUGCACUAUGCACUCAUCUUUUCAAUAGGAUUCUUAAUACAAAGCGCACAUUAGAAUAAAUCGCUACUAAAACAUCAAGGCUUGUUGAUUAAACAAAAACUCAUGGACAGAAGCACUUAAUGCACUGUGUGUAAUGCGUUUUAAGUAUAAUGAGUAGACAUGUUGCUUUCUUGAAUCUAGCUCAGUUAGAUAUUAAAAUCUCCUGCUUUCAGGUUUUCUGAAUAUCGAAAUUAAACAAUUAAAUUAGAGUCAUAAUCAUGCAAAAGCCAAAGCAAUAUUUAUACAUAGCAUUUCAUUUUAUGGUGCCCAUGUUUACAUGUCACUGUUGAAUACCAUGGAGGUCACAUGUCAUGGCCUUUUAUUACACACUGUGCUUUAAUAUUCACAAACCUAUUCUAUAUUUUGCAUGCAUCUUUUUAUUUCAUUGCUGCUGUGACCUUUGACCUGCUUGUUUUUAUCCCCUAUUAACUCAGUUUUGCAGUCUAUUUCAACUUCAAUUCUGUUUUCUUCAAAAUGGUGCAUAUUAUUAAUGUAUAUUUGCUCUGUCCUAUGAUCUCAGCUCCCAUUUUGCCAAAUAUUAGAAUAAGGUGGAGUUGAACUGAAUCCCAGAUAGGAGUAUUAAAAAAAAAUACUCAUGCAUUUAUAUAAUUUAUAAGGAUAUAUUUUGUGUAUUGAAGUGGAGACUUGUUGUUUAUUACCUUUGAUCUUUGGACGUGACUGAGUGUGAAGUAACAUUUUGGUGUCAGAAAAUGCCAUACAUUUUUCUAGUAUCAGUCAUCACCUCUUGUAGUCAAAAACUCGCCCACACUACAAAUUAUUCAGUAUCUUACUUUAGUUUGAUUCCAUUGAUGUACAUUUUCAAUAAAAAAUGUGA